AAACAAAUUUGACAUUACUGACAAUUCGUAACAAAACAAAUAGUCAGUUAUAUGGCAAUUUUAACUCUUUGCUAUGAUAAAGAUGGAUAAACGUAGAAAUACGAAAUUUCUAUUUCACUCCCUCGUAAGUAUUUUCUACAAAUUUUUACUCAUGCAGGCCUUUAACAAGCAGUGGAAUAAUUAUUAGUAAUAAGGCUGUUACUUGUAACUGUGAGAUUAAUUAUUGAUAGCUAGUAUUUUAUUAACCAUUGUCAUAUCAAGUGAGCUAAUAUUUUCAAACAAACAAAAAAAAAUCUAUCUUCAUAAUUUUUGCGAUCUCAAAAUUAUAUGUUGAUUAUACUACUAAUGCCUGUAAUUUUAUUGAAAAACAAAAUUUUCAGUACUAUAUCAAAUUAAAUAUUCUAUAAGUGUGUUAUUAUGCGACGGUUUCUUGUGCGUAUUAUUUGACGUAACGUUCAAAUUGUAGUCGCUUGCAUGCCGGCAAAGAUUAUUAGCUAUGUGUAAUGUAUACUUAACUAAUAAUAGUUUGCUAAGCUUUAUAAAUACUUGAAGGAACGUAAUGUUUGCUUUAGUCAUGCUAAUAUUUUAAGCAAUUUCUGAAGUUUGUAGAUUUUGAAGAAAUUAUUCCUUAAUGGAAAUAACUCUUCCAAUCUUCUGUUACAUAAAAUUUGGAGAUGGUUGCUUAAGCACAGGCUUUUGUUAAUGUAAGUCGUAUAUAAACACUAUUCAUUUACAGAAGUUAUUUGGUUUAAAUUUUUGAUCGUCACAAUAUACACUUCAUGCAUUAAAAUUUUAUAUUACAUAGGUAAAUACUUGAGAUCUUGGUGCGCCCUGUUCUUGUUAUUUGUCGUUUAUAUGGAAAUAACUGUGUAUUUCAAAUAUGCCUACAUUUAUUUUGUUAUUUGAAAUAAUAUAGCUCUAUAUCAAGUAUCAGUUUCAGUUUUUGUUUACUGAAUUUGACUGUCCCAGUAACUAACCGUACAUGUAUAAUCUAGGAUAAAUUAUAUGUUACUUCAAGUUGGUGAGAAUGAAAGAUAAUUUAUAUUCGAAAGCAAUUAUCUUAAAAAUAAACUAAGAUAUUUAUUGUAUUUUAGUAAAUCUGUAUUGGUUAUUGCUUUUACAAGAUACCGCUGUAGACUUAAGAUGGCGCAGAAACUAGUAGGAAUGGAGUAUUAAUCAUAAUUUUUUUAUUAAACUUUUAUCAAUUCACCAUCAAUAUACUACUUUCAGGACAGAAAGAGAGUGCUUCUCAACUAUUUCUUAAAUGACCAUUAUUGUGAUUAUCUGAUACGAAGUCAAUUUAAACAAGAGUAAAAAUAAUAUUCUAGUGAAAAAUGAUUACAUACUUUAUCUGUUUUAUCACAAUUGUAUCACUGGUAUUGGCGGAUUUCUACAGUUUGCGUUACGACGAUUUUGAUAUUCAACCUUUGCUAGAAAAUGACAGGGUACUUAUGGGUUACGCAAAAUGCUUCCUCGAUCAAGGUCCAUGUACUCCAGAAGCUAAAGAUUUUAAAAAAGUGAUACCAGAAGCUGUUGAAACAACUUGUAUAAAAUGUACAACAAAACAAAAAAGUCUAAUACGAACAGUUAUAAAAAAAGUAAUGAACAACCACCCAGACAUUUGGGAUCAACUUAUUGAAAAAUACGAUAAAGACAAGAUAUAUAGAAAAAAUUUUGAUAAUUUUAUUAAUGAUACUGAUUAAAAAGUAUUUUUUUUUUUCAAAACAAAAAUCAAUAUCUUAUUAUAAUUUUCUUAAUUUCAAAUACAAUAAGUAUUAGAUUUAGAAGUAUCAAGUUUCUUGUCUUUUUUAGAAAAUAAAACUAUAGUUGUUGAA